AUGCGUCUCCUUGCUACUCAUUCGCGUUAUGCGGUAUUCUUGUUUCUGUUAAGCUCGGGUAUAUUGUGCGAAGGCUUGACUGGCAGUUCGUCUCCGGUUGUAGAUCUGGGGUAUGGUAUCUUCGAGGGGUAUUUCAACGAGACAUCGCAGUUGGAUAUAUAUAAAGGGAUUCGCUAUGCAUCGCCUCCAGUCGGAGAACUGAGAUGGCAGAAGCCAGAACCGCCCGCUGUGAAUCGAACAAAGGUUACGCCGGCCGUGACUUUUGCACCAAGAUGUCCCCAAAGCCCCAAUGCACCGCUGUCAGCGACAUACAACUUCACAGCAUCUGGGCUUGGAAAUGAAGACUGUCUGUUUCUCAGCAUCUACUCUCCUCAAAACGCUACCAACCUCCCCAUUAUGUUUUGGAUCCAUGGCGGCGGCUAUGGCAGCGGCUACGGAGUAGACGAUUUCUCCGAACUCGUCAUGAGCAACGCGCACGGCUUCAUCGUAGUAGUGAUCCAGUACCGACUUGGAGCCUUCGGCUUCCUAUCCUCUUCGGAAGUUUCGGAGUCUGGAGUACCGAAUGCCGGACUGCAUGAUCAGCAUUUUGCGCUGGAGUGGGUGCAGAAGUAUAUUGGAAACUUUGGCGGCGAUCCGGCUCGCGUGACGGUGGCGGGGGAAUCGGCGGGUGGGGGCUCGGUCAUGUUGCAAGCGAUGGCUUAUGGUGGGACAGAAGGGACGGAAUAUUUUAAUAACGCUAUUGUUGCAAGUCCGUACCUACCAAUGCAGUGGGAUUUCGAUGGGGUGGCACCUACGCAGUCGUACGCCUUGUUUGCACAAGCUGCUGGUUGUCUUGAUGCAGCAGGAGGAAAUGAAACAGACGGAAAUGUAUUUGCAUGCCUUCAAGCAAAGGAUUCUAUAACAUUGCAGAAUGCCAGUGCUCAGGUCUCGGGACAUGCAAAGUAUGGACAGUGGGCUUUUUUGCCAGUCACAGAUGGGGAGUUCGUACAAAAGAGACCAACGGAACAGCUACUUGCCGGAGAAGUCAAUGGCGUUCGGAUUCUCUCAGGGAACAAUGCUGAUGAAGGUCCUGGCUUUGUUCCCCAGAGUAUCGAAACGAAUGAAGAUUUCGACGUCUACCUUCAGGAUCUGUUUCCACUAAUGGACAAUGAGACACUGUCUAAACUGGCUUUAAUCUACAACAUCCCAGCUACCAUUCCAGGUCCUCUAUUCAGCACCCUAGGUACAUCGAACCCAACUGCAUUGAACCAGUCGGAAUUUGCAAUUGGACAACAGCAGCGAGCGAACAACUUGUACGCCGAAACAACAUUCGUUUGUCCUAGUUACUGGCUAGCAAGUGCAUAUUCAUCCCAGCAAACAGGCCCAGCAAAACAAUCUUGGAAAUACCAAUACUCCGUGCCGCCAUCUGAGCACGGUGCAGAUCUCGACGCCUAUGAGGCUAUUGGCCGGGAGGCAUUGGGACUUGGAACACUCUCGACUGGGUUCCGCACUGCUGUGCAGAAGAUAUGGGGUCGGUUCAUCGUAUUCAACGAUCCAACUCUUCCCGCUCCAAUAGUGAAGAACAUUGUCACUUUACCAAAUGGCACUUUGACUGGGGAUAACUUGACAGCAGCCGGGGAAGGAUUCUGGCCGACGUGGGAGGGAGAUAGUAAUAACGGAGCGGCGAGUUACAGAAUGCUGAACUUGAAUAUGACAGGUGGACACGAGACGCAUAUCUCUUGGGAUAGUGCAGACGGGGUUACGAUUAACGUGACGCAGUAUGCUGGUCCGGGACUAUCGGCCAGAUUUGACAUUGUUGAUGCAUGGAGUUGGGAAGGUGAUAGAGGAGCAAGGUGUGAGUUCUGGGCUGAUAUUGGAGAAUUAGUACCCGAGUAA